AAAAAUUCUAGUUCCGUAUAAACAUGGCGAAUAUUGUUUAUAUUGUUUAUCACUAGUUCUAUCUAGAUCUCGAUAGUAAAUUUAACUUUGGAUGUAGAUCUAUUUAGAUUAUUUUGAUAUUUCUACCAAACAACCUCUUGUCCGAUAAGCAAAUUUUAAAUAAGUUAAACUACAAUUAUGUCUAAAAAAGACAGACGGCGUGUGAUGGCCCAGAUAUGGGGCACUCCGACAAGCCAUGAUAUUGAUAUGGUAGAUGAGGGGAAUCAGAUUGUAGUUUUUUCUAAUUAUAGAGGCAUCAUAAACUGGUGGAUGGAGAUUUUUAAGGCUUACUAUCCCAACAUAAAAUGUCGUGAAAAAGGAGACACUAUUAAGAUCAAACCAACAAUGGGUGUCACCAUCAAACUUAAUAAAACAACAAGACUCAUGAAAAUCAGUGGAAAGGAUCAUUGGCCCUGGUUUGUUGACACCUUUGAGAAACUUCUUGAUGUUGGUAAUGGGGAUGCUGUUGAGUUGCAGAGUGAUGGAGCAUCAGCUGUGUCUGAAAAUUCAGUUACCAGAUAUCUUCAGCUUGAUAAGGAUGAUGAAGAGGUUCAAGAUUUGCUUGAUAGAAUUCCAGAAGGUGGGGGAAUCAUGCACCAUGAAUUUAUUAUGCGCCUUUGGAAAAGUUUAUUAGAUGACUGGUUCGGAGUAGGAGCUGCUGUGUAUAUUGUGACACCAAGAAUAGACUCUGAAAGAUUGUUUACAGUAAUGUUACUUAUGAUCAGAAAUAAAGGGACAGGUUUUUCAGUAACUCUUUUAACUCCUGCAAAGCAAGAUGGUGAACGCUUUGAGAAAAUAAUGGAGAAAACAAAACGUAGGAUGAAAGAGGUUAAAACAGCCCAGGAUAGCAGGCUCAUCUCAGACGUCAAACUGCAGUGGGUAAUGGACACACUCAUCAUACAGCAUGAGGAUUUCUCCACUAAUUUCAUAGCAGCACAUAAAGAUGGUGAAGCUGAGGUUCUGACCACCACAGCCCAUUUCCACAAGGCACAUUUUCAUCACCAACAAAAAGACAAUGUGUGUUAUAAUAGACUCAGCCCACACGACCUCCGUAAAAACUACUUGCUUCCUCUUAAUAUUGGCAACAAUGUGUUUUGAAAUGAAUUGAGAGCUUUUGUUUGUACUUUCCCUGAUUAGAAAUGCUGAUAGCUCAAGAUAUAUUUUCAAAUGUCUGGAGCAUUUGCCUUUGGAAAAAAAAAGAUAAACCACUUUUUUUGUCUUUUAUUGUUUAAAAAUAAGACUGCUUUGUUAAUAUUUGUAUAGAGUGAUUGUUGAAGACAGUUUUGAAGUUACUUAAUGGAGUGAACUAGAAAGUAUUAGCCCAGCCAUUUUUAAUAAAUACAAUUUUUAAGUUAAAUUUUGUAUUCUUUUUUUAUUUCCUCUCCCCUUUCUGCCACUUAAUGAUUGGCUGUUUCCACGUUUAAACAUUACAGUUUUAGACUUUUAGUCUGUAGAAAUAUUGGAAAUUUAUUAACUCUUUCUUUCCUUAAUUAUUUUCCACGUUCAGAUGGAAUCAUUCAUUUAGCUCAUUUGUGUUUCACUUCCCUGUUAUGAUUGAACUUCAAUAACUUUUUUUGUAUGUAAUCAGGAAAUGUUAUGUUAGUUAUAUAAUUAUAGAAGAAUACUUGUUCUUUUUAUAUAAGAUAAAUUAAAGUUUAUAAAACAAAAAUUAAUUUAAUUUAAUGGGUUCAAAUCAACGUUGGUAUCAUCAGUUAGGAGAGAAAAAGUUAUGGUUAGGUUAACAAUACUGAAAUAUUACUUUUUAAAAAGUUAUUAAACUGGUCUUGAAAACUAUUGGUUGAUAGUCCUACCGAAGUGUCACAUCCCUGUUGUAUAUUCAUAUAUUUAUUAGAGUGAUGUUGUGAAUGCUUGUAUAAUAUUGAUUUACUAUUGAUAUGAACAAAUUGAUAAUCAAUUUGAUUAGCAUUUUAUUCUCUUGCUUGUACUUCAGUAUUUUUAUGACUACAAUUUAUAGUCACAGUCUAACAGAUAUUAUUAAAUAAUUCCUUGUAAUCAGAGUGAGAUCUUAGAAGGCUUAAAUCCUCAACAAAUUGAUACAAGUCACUAUAAUAAUUUGUUAAAUUUGGAACUAAUUUAUUUACAUUGUCUAAAGCAGUGCUUCCCGCAUUUUAUCUUUAAUAGAACACUUCACACAUUUUAAGUAUUUAGUGAAACACUUUUCUUAUUUUUAGAGAGAUUAAUUUACAUGGUGGCCUACUAGUUAAUUAUUCCUUUAGUUCACGGAACACAGCUUGGGAAACACUGGUCUGAAGCUAAAAUAGCACUUUAACUGUUAUUUGAACAAACCUUAUUUCAAUUGAAGGGCUGUUAUUUAUUCUUCUUGUCUCCCUUCAUUAUCUAUACAUCUGUUGUACAAAAUGUUGCAUAAUGUUUUUGAUUAUUUUUGUUACAGAAGAUUUUAUCAUUAUUAUUCUUGGUGGUUGUGAAUUUUUUAAAUAAUUUAUUAUAUCUCAAUGCGGAUUUAUUUACCUUUGGACCAACACCAUUCUCACCAUUCAUUAAUUUCUGUGCAAUCAAGCUUAACCUGUAAAUUGGCAUUUUAAUUUCUUCUACCACUUUCAGACAUUGUGAAGUGCUUUACUAUAAAAAACAAUUUAAUGCAUCUACCAAUGAAGGUGUCACCUCAUAUUCCAACCUUGCAUGGCAAGUUUAGCACAAGCAAUUUUUCAAGUCAAGAUUGACAGUCUAGUUCACUUUGUGUCCCAUAGGCUACUUAAUCAUUUUUAAUUUUCAUUUGAAAAUAAUAAAAAUAGUUCAAUAUGUUAAUAUUACAAGAACAAGCCACCUCCAUAUCCAGUUUGUCUUCUGGAAACACGUUUGAAUUAUAAGUAAAGACGAAGAAAGAAUUAUUUUUAAUUUAAUUUUGUAAAAUAUUUUUUUUUACAUACACUUAAAAUGUUAUUAUUGUAUGUAGUUUGUUAUUAAUUUUUAAUUUUUCGUUAAAUCUUAUUAUUGUAUACAGAUCUGUCAUUAAUUGUUUGUUGAAUGUUAUUAUUGUAUACAGUGUGUUAUUAAUUUUUAAUUGUUUGUUAAAUGUUAUAAUUGUGUAUAGUUCUGUUAUUACUUGUUUGUUAAAUAUUAUUAUUGUAUACAGUUCUGUUAUUAAUUGUUUGUUAAAUGUUAUUAUUGUAUAUAGUUCUGUUAUUAAUCGUUUGUUAAAUGUUAUUAUUGUAUACAGUUUGUAUUUAAUUUUAAAUUGUUAUUUAAUGUUACUUUGUAAUUUUGAAUUCUUAUUUAUUUUUUAUGUUUCAUUUUUUAAGUUGAAGAUUUAAAAUUGAAUGAUUUGAGGUGUAUAUUAAUAUUUCUUGUCUCAAAACGAUAAUCUCUCUAAUGAUGAUGACCAAGUAAUUGCUGCAAGUAAUAAACUAAAGAUAAGCACUCAAAGAACUUAGCUAUAAAGAAUAUGGUAAUUAAUUAACACUUUUGCUUUUCUUUUAUCUAUAUUUGUUAAAUAUGCUAAUUGUACAUGAUUAUAGAAGUGCCUCUUUUUAAUCAUAAAGCCAUGCUAAAAAUAGUCUGUUACCAUCUUGGCCCGUAAAAAAAAGAUCUUCGUAUACAUAGUGUUCAAAAUAAAAUUUGUUUUUAAGACAUGGGUGAUUUAACAAAUAAGACUUUGAACAAGUUGAUUUACUGUAGUUAAACAAAUCAGGAAAAUUCAAUCUGAGUAUUGGACUUUUUGAUAUUCUAAUAUUAUGCCAUUUAGGGAUGUAAUGAUAGUGUUUUAAUUAAAAGAUCAUUUAUUAAAACCUUACUUUAUUGUUUGAGAUCAACAAAUAGCUUUUUUUUUUUCUAAAUUUUUAUUUCUGCUAAUAAAUGAAAGCAAAACUUUUAAAAUGUUCAAUUUUAUCCUUGAAAUUAUUCUAGUGCAAAGGUACAUGAAUAUAACAAUUGUAGAUUUAUUUAUUUAACUUGUUAUGAAACUUUUAUUAAAAAAAUAUUUAAAUUAGUUUUGAUGUUAUGUAUGUUUAAAUGUUGUUUUUACAAAGCUUAUAUCAACUCUCUCUGUCUGGUUAAAAAGUUUGAACAUAUAUUUUCUUCAUUUCCUAUUCUUGGAUCACUUUGCUCAAUUAUUCAUUGGACAUGAAUCUAUAAAAAAAAUAAAAAAUUUACCAAUUAGUUAAUUAAUUAUUGCUGAUUAAUUAUUCUGUUUGAUAAUGAAAAAAGAGGAAUAACUGCUACUUAAUGAGAAAUGUGGAUGUGUAUAUUAUGUUUUGACAUGUUUUUCCUCCCACAUCCCAUUCUUGGAUCAAGUUGGAAUUGUACAUAAUAUUCAUAGUCUACGACAAUACAUGAAUCAAUCAAAAAUUAACCAAUUAAUUAUUGCUAAUUAAUGAAUUUUGUAUUACCUGUCAUAAAAGAAGCUAAACCCUGCCAUUUUCAAAUAAAUUGCAGUAAUUAGUGGUUCUUUCCCUUAGAUAAGCUUUUUUUUUUAAAAACUAUUUUUUUUUCUUUUUCUUGUUUCACUCUUUUUAUUUCAUUCAGGCCUAAUGUGUAAAUGGUAUCAUCACUGUGCUGAUUGAAAUGUUUGUUGCAAAAAGUAACAAGUUUAUACUUCAAAAAAAAAACAUUCCGCAAAGAUUCUGCUUAUUAAUCAAUAUACAUUUAAUAAAUGAAUCACCCUUAGACUACCGGUACUUUAUUUCAUUUAUUCUAGCAAGUUUGGAUGUUAUAUGAUUUGCUCUGAUAUUGAAAAAAUCUUUUAAAAAUUGAAAAGGUGAAAGAAAAAAAGGAAACAUUCCUAUGGCAAAAAAAAUUACAAUAUAUGCAAUUUUAGAGGCUCUCUAUUUUUGUAAAUGUUACAGAUUUUUUUUUUGUCUAUUUAUACUAUUGUAAUUUAAAUUUACACUAUUUUGGCAUGAAAAAUAUAAUCAUCUACAUUUUGUUGAUAGAAUGUCAUAAUAUUUAAACCUUUAUUCCUAAAACCAUUUUAAAUACCUGAUACCUAUGAAGGGGCCAUAAAAAAAAAGUAAGUUGUACAAAGAGAGAAAUUCUCAUCAUGAGAAAAUUGACUAAAAUAGUGCUAGCAUAGAUGAAUGAAAGAUGACAUGUCUGUCUAUUCAUUUAAUUAGUUUAAUUCUUGAAACAUUGGGAAAUUGUCAUUUUUACUUUGGGAUUUAUAACUAAAUGCAAACACAACAGAUUUACUGACCCAUGGAAAAAAACAAAAAAAUUUCUUGAGGCCCCUCAUACCCAAACAAUGUGCCCCAUCCUUGAUGUGCAUGCCCCACAUUUGGAGAAAUGCUGUGUUAACUCUUACUUGUUUUUAUGGCACAUAAACAAAUGAGAUCUGUGUGUGUGUGUAACAAAAAAAGAUUUAGUAAUCUAUAAGGGGCUUUAUAAUACUUUAUAUCCAUUUAUAUAUAAGGACAAGAACCAACUGAUAUUAUUGUUUAUAUGUUUUUCUUCCAUUAAGGGAUACUAAAACUCAAAAGGGCCAAAAAAAUGGAUGUUUCAUAUGGGAAAAAAAUACAUAUAUUGAGUAAAAAAAAAACAUGGUUAUGUAAGGUUUGAGAACUAAAUUAGGAAAGAGGUGUUCCUUUUGACUGUAAUAUGGGCCAAGGCAAAGGGUUACUACAAUUCACUUGUCAAAUGGUCUAGGUGUGUAAGAGAGGCAUAAUAAUGCAUGUCAUUCCUUUGUAGAUUUAAACAAAAGAAAAAGUGUUCUGACAAAUUAGUCUAAUUAUAAUUUGAGAUUUCCAUCUCAAGUACACUUUAUGAUGAUGGUCUACAAAUCAGUUCCAAUUUAGUAAUUGUAUUUCCGAAUUUUGUGUAUUUUAAAAUUCAAUUAUGUAGUGUAAAAUGUGAGUUUAUCUACUUGUAGACACAAUCAAUUCAAAGAAUUUAAAUUAGAACUUCAUAUGACUUUAUUUUGUUUCUAAAAUAGAGAUUUGUUACUGUACACAAGUAGCGUGGAAGACUUGUACAAUCAAUGUACUGGACCGUACCAAGCUGUACUAAAGUAAACUUGUACAUUCUCUCUGUGGCUUCAAUAAGGUCCCUGAAAGAUUGCUGAUAUUAGAAAUUUCAAAAGCAUUUAGUGAAUCCUUUCUAGAAAAGCACAUGGCCAUAUUUCACAAUGAUUUGUUAAUACCUGUAAACUCAGAAGUAUACUGACUUCAGUCACGUGAGCACAAGGUGAUCCCUACCUGUGCAGCCAGUUCAUUUAGAACAAUAUUUUUCACUGCAUAAAUUUCAAAAUUUCAGCAAAGAUCUUCUUUAAUCUGUCCUUUCUUUUUAAUCAUAUAAAUUAUAAGGAAUAAAAUUAAAACUUUACUCACAAAUACCAAAUCCUAAAAUAUUAUUUAUCUAUUUCCUUCAUUUUGAUUAAUGUAGGUUUCAGAUGUUCAUUCAGAAAUGAUUAUUACAUCCUAGCCCAAACCUGCAGAUGGCUGCAGGCACAAUUUGAACCCAGAACCAUUUUGAUGACAGUUUUAAAUUUCUAUAUAUUUUUAUCAGUAAACCAGUAAAGGUGAAUGUACACUUCAAAAAGAUGUAAACCAUAUUUACAUAUAUCUAAGUACCUGUAUAAUUACUUUUUGUUUACUUUGCUUGUGAAUAUUAUGUUUGUGUAUGUAAAUCUUUGACUGCAUUUGUUAUUCUUUUUUGUCUCACUUAAAAAUUGUUCUCAUUGCAUUUCCAUAUUGAGGAAUGAACAUGAUAAAAAUGAAAGUUAUAACUUAUGUUCUGAUUAUA